CGGCCAGUUACUUCCUCCAGCGGCGGCGCGGAGCGCGGUGUCGCCCCAGCCCUGAGCGCCCGGAGCCCUCCGCCCGCCGCCCGCCGCUCCCUGCCGGCUCAGGCCUGCCGAGCGCCCUCCCCGCGUCCCGGCCCCGCCGCCCGCGCCCUCCCCGGCGCGCACCGAGGAGUCCGGGCCCCGAGUCGCCGGCCGCCCUGCCCGAAGCGGCGCGAUGAAUGAUUUUGGCAUCAAGAACAUGGACCAGGUGGCCCCAGUGUCUAACAGUUACAGAGCGACACUCAAGCGCCAGCCUGCCUUUGACACCUUGGAUGGGUCCCUGCUCUCCGUUUUCCCCCCACUAAAUGAAGAACAAACGCUCCAAGAAGUGCCAACAGGCUUGGAUUCCAUUUCUCAUGACUCAACCAACUGUGAGUUGCCCCUGUUGACCCCAUGCAGCAAGGCUGUGAUGAGUCAAGCCUUAAAAGCUACCUUCAGUGGCUUCAAAAAGGAGCAGUGCCGCCUCGGCAUCCCAAAGAAUCCCUGGCUGUGGACCGAACAGCAGGUGUGCCAGUGGCUUCUCUGGGCCACCAACGAGUUCAGUCUGGUGGACGUCAACCUGCAGAGGUUCGGCAUGACCGGCCAGGUGUUGUGUAACCUUGGCAAGGAGCGCUUUCUGGAGCUGGCCCCUGACUUUGUGGGUGACAUUCUCUGGGAGCAUCUGGAACAGAUGAUCAAAGAAAACCAAGAAAAGACAGAAGAGCAGUAUGAAGAAAAUUCACCCCUCAACUCCGUGCCUCAGUGGAUUAAUAGCAAUUCAUUAGGUUUUGGGGUGGAGCAGACCCCGUAUGGGGUGCAGACGCAGAACUACCCCAAAGGCAGCCUCCUGGACGGCCUGUGUCCAGCAUCCUCCGCGCCCAGCACACUCGGUCCCGAGCAGGACUUUCAGAUAUUCCCCAAGGCCCGGCUCAGCACCGUCAGUGUCAACUACUGCUCCGUCAGCCAGGACUUCGCCGGCAGCAGCCUGAACCUGCUCUCCAGCGGCGCUGGGAAGCCCGGAGACCACGAUGCCCCCGAGAACGGUGCGGACAGCUUCGAGAGCUCCGAGUCGCUGCUGCAGUCCUGGACCAGCCAGUCGUCUCUGCUGGACGUGCAGCGGGUCCCUUCCUUCGAGAGCUUCGAGGACGACUGCAGCCAGUCCCUCUGCCUCAACAAGCCGACCAUGUCUUUCAAGGAUUACAUCCAGGAGAGGAGCGACCCGGUGGAACAAGGCAAACCAGUUAUACCUGCGGCCGUGCUGGCCGGCUUCACAGGAAGUGGACCUAUCCAGUUGUGGCAGUUCCUCCUAGAAUUGCUCUCCGACAAAUCCUGCCAGUCUUUCAUCAGCUGGACGGGGGACGGAUGGGAGUUUAAGCUCGCUGACCCAGAUGAGGUGGCCCGCCGGUGGGGCAAGAGGAAAAACAAGCCCAAGAUGAACUACGAGAAGCUGAGCCGAGGUCUGCGCUAUUACUACGACAAAAACAUCAUCCACAAGACCUCGGGCAAGCGCUACGUGUACCGCUUCGUGUGCGAUCUCCAGAACCUGCUGGGGUUCACGCCCGAGGAGCUGCACGCCAUCCUGGGCGUCCAGCCGGACACGGAGGACUGAGGCCGCCCCGGCGCGGUCCUCACCCAUCUCACACGGACCCUAAAAGGCGGGAUCGACGCGUCCGGCAAGGUCUCCCAAGAAGCAGUGGCCUUAUUUCAUCCGAAACGGCGGUCCUUCGCCGAAAGCAGCGCGGGUUCUCGAUUCUAAAGCCUGCUGACAGGAACACAGUAUUUAUGAUGCUCUUACCUUAGAAUGGCCUCGAAGGACACGCUGGGCCGCCGGCCUGGCUCCAGCAGACUGCGUUGUAACAGGAUCCCUGAGGCUGGUGGGGCUUCUCCAAGGAGCGAGCGGGUCGUGGACGCACAUGUUUCUUUGGAUUUUCUUUUGCCUGUGGCCGCCGGGAAUCGCAAAUGCAGAAGAGGUCUCUGUGGUUCAGAGGGGGAGAAGGUGCAAGGACCACUCAUUCCAUUUCAGAAGUUAGUUUGUAUAUAGGACGGUCAUCGUAUCAUUGGUAUCCAAACCCCCCCUAACAGUCCUAUUUAACAGAAAUUGUAUAUUGUAAUUUAAAAUAAUUAUAUAACUGUAUGUGAACGAAGAAGGCAGACAUCCCGUGUGUAUUCCAUUUUUCAAGAGCACAGAUGGCAUUUUGCAAACAUUUAACCCGCCAAGGGCGGGCUGAGGCAGGUUGUGCCGUGUGUAUGAUUAACAUUUAUUAUAUGUACAGGAAUAAGGUCUAAGAGGGUUGCUAUUCCUGUGUUCUGUUUUUUUGGCUUGCCUGGGUUAUUAUCUAUGGCAAGGACUUUGUACAUUUGGGAAUUUUUAUAAGAAACUUAAUGUUAUUGUCUGGGGGCCCGUCCGGCCUCUCUCUUCUCCUUCAAUUGUAAAGUAAAAGCUAUAAAGCAGUAUUUUUCUUGACACUUGGCACAUGUUCUCCAUUUCUAUGCAUGCCUUUAAAUCGGUUUCUACACAAAACUUCGUUUUUAGUUCGGUUCUGUUUUCCCAACGACUAACCUCCCCCAAUCACAGCCAUUUCCUCUCAGCGUCCCACCCCCGCACCCCAACGUCUUCUGUACGAUUAAAAUAGGAAUACUAUUUUUGGAAACCGGCGACUCCUUUUCAGAGAUCAGGAGGGAUUUAUGUAGCAGCUAUUUUUACUGCAAAAGUAAUUCACUGGGGGAAAAAAAAUGGAAUUUGUAAGAAAGUUUUAUUUUUAUCUCAGCGCCAUGUAAAGUUAACCUAUUGUACAGAGCUGAAGGUUCAGGAUGGGGGGGGGAGUCUUUAUUAAACCUCUUGGAUGUGA